AUUAUCACUCGGUAGCAAGCUUAGAAGCAGGAAAAAUGGCGAUUCUACCAUCUCCUUUACACAUUGCCAGUAGUGAUUGGCUUUGCUCGAAUUCCAAUUUCCUCUGCUUUCCGACGAAGCCUGUCUGGAGCUCUGUCCACCGCCCAUUAGUCGUCACAUUCUCCUACAAACCCAACAAGGGAAUUGUUGGUACUGACAAGAAGAGGGAGUUUCUUGAGAAGUACGGUCUUAAUCCCGAUGAGUUCUUACCCGAACCCUCUCCAAAGACAAAGAGGAGAAGGGAGCAUGGAAAUGCAGGAACGAAGAACCUUAUACCCUUAGAGGAGUCUAAGUCUCCUCGGGAGACUCAUAAAUUGCUUCAGGUUCUCGGAGGAACAGCGCGUAGGAAAAAAUUGCUCUCGCCAAAGGGUAUGGAUGUGCGUCCUAUGAUGGAAGUUGUAAAGGGAGCAGCUUUUGGAAUUUUGCAGGCAGCUGGAGGCUCCCCUCAAUCUCUAAGGCCUGGACGCUGGUUAGACUUGUAUAGUGGCACAGGGUCAGUUGGUAUUGAAGCUAUCAGCAGAGGAUGCUCUGAGGUGCACUUUGUGGAGAUGGAUCCUUGGGUUGUCUCAGAUGUGCUACGGCCAAACUUAGAAUCAACUGGUUUUGUUGACGUUUCAGUUAUACAUAGCGUCCGGGUUGAAAUUUUCUUGCAAAAUGCUGAACGAUUUGUAGGUAAAGAUGGAGUGUUUGAUUACAUAAGUGUUACUCCUCCAUAUAUGCUUGUUGACUACGCAGUACUGAUGGAUCAGAUUUCCAAUUCAUCAGUCGUCGGAGAGAAUACCUUUAUAGUAGUUGAGUAUCCUUUGAGAACUGACAUGUUAGAUUCAUAUGCAUCCUUGGUUAAGAUAGCUGAUAGGCGGUUUGGCAGGACGCAUCUAGCAAUAUAUGGACCAAAGUGGGCACAGAAGAAGAGUAAAUCAGAGAGAUGACUACAUCACUAUUAGACACAACUGGAAACAUUGCCAUGGUCAAAAUUCCGAUCUUCUCUGAAGUUUCCAAUAUAUUGCUCCAGUUAUCCUGCAGCUCAAGUUCAGCUUAUUCGCCAGGGUUCGUUCAAACUUCAGCACAUCUUCCUUUUUACAACCUGAUCAACAGUUACUUCUGCAUGUGCCAGUCCUUCACAUUCUCAGAGGACGAGAUGCAGUAAAGCAAAAUGUUUUAUCUCCUCGACAUUCACUACAAGUAAUAGCAAGCCAUUAAUAUUAACCCAACAUUUAUCCCUGAAAGUGGAGGAAAAACAUCCUGAUUGCUUCAAGGUGGUAGUCCUUUGAGUUUAUUUUCUUGUACUUCUUUUCUUUUCUCAACACAAUUCAAGGUCCAAAACGUAAUGUAAUUAUUAGACGAGGCAAGAAAAGACGGAAAAAGGUGAGGGGUUGUU